AGCUUUUUCGGUGCCACACACUUCCAACAAUAAAGACUGGGGCAGCUAUUGCUUGGAGUAUUUGUGCAGUGUCUGUAUGCAGCAGUGACUUCAGUGGUUUGUCAGAGGCAGGGACAGACAAGUAGCCAUGGAUGACGUAUAUAAAGCAGCGGUUGAGAACUUGACAGAGGAACAGAAAAAUGAGUUCAAGGCUGCAUUUGACAUCUUUAUCCAGGAUGCGGAAGAUGCAGCCAUCAGCACCAAAGAGUUGGGGAAGGUAAUGAGAAUGCUGGGACAGAAUCCCACCCCUGAAGAGCUACAGGAGAUGAUUGAUGAAGUGGAUGAGGAUGGAAGUGGUACAGUUGAUUUUGAUGAAUUCUUGGUUAUGAUGGUCCGCUGCAUGAAGGAGGAGAGCAAAGGAAAAUCAGAAGAAGAAUUGGCUGAACUGUUCCGUAUGUUUGACAAGGGCUACCAUACAAGGAAUGGAGAUGGCUACAUAGACUUAGAAGAGCUGAAGACCAUGUUGGAGUCCACUGGAGAGGCCAUCACAGAAGAUGACAUUGAGGAGCUGAUGAAGGAUGGGGACAAAAAUAAUGAUGGAAAAAUUGACUAUGAUGAGUUCCUUGAGUUCAUGAAAGGUGUCGAAUAAUGGAUUCAGAUGGAGUCAUCACUGCAGCAGCAUCUAGGUCACUUCAUGAAGAGAUGCCUCCUCCUUCAUACUAUUCAUUUAAAAAUACAAAUAACACACCUGUUGUCAGCAGUACCCUUUUCUGUCCUGUUUAUUAUUCAAUUAUUCUAAUUAUGAUGAAUUGUCAUAUGGACUAUUUACAUUUAAAAAGACGUAAAAUAUCGUAUUUUGUCUACCACUUAAAAAAUCACAUUUUAUUAUUUAACAAUGUUGUAGAUUGGGAAAUAAUUGAUCCAAACAACCGUAAGUCUUCAACAGACAUAACAGUAUAGUUGAUUUGUCUUUGGGUUGGCUUUGAAUGUGCAGUCAUGAUUAUUCCCAUUGCCAUUGAACUUUUGUUAAAGGUCACAUAAUGUGCAUUUUUUUUGGUUCAUAAAUGUGUUAAGCUUUUCUACAACAUCAUGUUAGCUUGCCGUAUUGUUAAAUAUUUAAUUUUUCUCAUACCGUCUGCUUAUAUAUGUCUGUAUUUACCUUCCGUCUGAGAAGAUAUGGUUCAGCAACAGUCAUUUGGGUCCCCUACCAAAAAAGCUCAGUCUGCUCUGAGUGUAAUUGACAGGAAGUCCCGCAGACUCUAAGCAAAUAAUCAUGCCCGCACAUGUCCAUGGGUCUCUGCACUUUUGAGCGUAUUCACUGUAAAUGUGACAAAAAUUGACACAGCACAUGUUCCAGAAGGACAACAUCUGGGUCUGCAACUUUCUGAUGCAAAAUAAAGUAUUAAUCUCAGGUUA